GAGGAGAUCAACAAAUUGCUCGAGAACAUUCGACCUGACGAGGAGCUGCCGGCACAUCUUCGCAUCCAGACGCCUGAGUCGCUCACCAUCACUCUCCAUAAGUAUCAGGAGAUGGGUCUCACCUGGCUCAAGCAAUGUGAGGAAGGCUCGAACAAGGGCGGCAUCCUUGCCGAUGACAUGGGUCUCGGCAAGACCAUUCAGAUGAUCUCGCUGUUCGUCACUCGUCGUUCGGAGGACCCAAGGUGCAAGACGACGCUCAUCGUAGCACCUGUGGCACUACUGCGGCAGUGGAAACAGGAGAUCGAAACCAAGGUCAAGCCGGGCCGCCAUAAGCUGACCGUCUUCAUCCACCAUCAGCAGUCCAAGAAGAAGGACUUCCGUGAGCUGCAGACUUACGACGUUGUCAUCACGACAUACGGCAGUCUGGCCUCGGAGCUGAAGAGACUGGAGCAAUACACGCUCCGCAAGCGACAUGACGCAAAUGCACGUCCCUAUCCGCACGAGAGAUGCGCGCUUCUCGAUCCUGAUGCGAUGUGGUACCGUGUCGUACUCGACGAAGCUCAAUGCAUCAAGAACAAAAGCACCCAGAGCGCCAAAGCUGCAUAUCAGUUGCGCGCGAAGUAUCGUUUCUGCGUCACCGGCACCCCAAUGAUGAACAACGUUGACGAGUUCUACUCGCUCGUCCACUUCUUGCGUGUCAGGCCGUACUGCGAUUGGCAGAAGUUCAAGAUCGAUUUCUCGACACCCCUCAAGAGUUGCAAGGACUACUUCCAGGAUGCAGCCAUGCAGAGAUUCCAAGCUCUUUGCAAAGCCAUCAUGCUGAGACGCACCAAGAAGAGCACUUUCGAAGGCAGACCUAUUCUGAUCCUGCCGGAACGCUCAACGGAGGUCGACAACCCUGAGUUCUCCGAAGACGAAAUGACGAUCUACAAGAGCCUUGAGGGGAAGGCGCAAGUGACGUUCAACAAGUACCUGCAGGCUGGCACGGUGGGGAGGCAGUAUACGGAGGUGCUCGUGCUUCUGCUCCGUUUACGUCAAGCCUGCUGCCACCCUCACCUCAUCAAGGACUACGCCAUCGCUGCGGUGGCCGGCGUGCAGCCCAACGACCUCAUAGAGAUGGCGAAGCAGCUCGCGCCGGAUGUCGUUGAGCGCAUUCGUGUGAAGAACGGUGCCUUCGAGUGCAACAUCUGCAUGGAUGCUACGCCCAACCCAGCCAUCUUCAUACCUUGCGGUCACGAUUGCUGCGCUGAAGACUUUGCGCGGAUUACGGACCCGGCAAAUGCUAUUGCGGCUGGCGAUGAGAAUGGUGGCACGAAGGCGAAGUGCCCCAUCUGCCGUGGACCGAUUGACUCGAAGCAAAUCACGGACUUUGACAGCUUCAAGAAGGUGCACCAGCGUGAGCUGCUGACGCCAGAGGAGCUUAGAGAGCUGGAACCGGAAGAGGGUGAGACUGAUGAUGAUAAUGAUGGUAAUGACGACGGAGAGAAUGAUGAGGAGAUUAAGGAUGAGGACGAUGACGAUGAAGAUAGCGAGACGGAGUCAGAUGAGGAAGACCUGAACACGCACUUUCGCCGGCCGAAGGAUGAUGAGAAGAAGAAGUCGAAGAAGAAGAAGGACACUAAGCCCAUCACCUUGGCCGACCUGCGCAAGCUCGGCACCCGCAGCAUGAAAGCCCGCAAAACCUAUCUUCGCAAGCUUCGUGAGAACUGGGUCUCCUCCGCCAAGAUCGACAAGACCAUGGAGACGCUCCACGAGAUCAUGAAAGUGAAGCGGGGCGAGAAGGUCCUCAUCUUCUCUCAGUGGACCUCUCUGCUCGACCUCCUCGAGAUCCCAGUCGACAGCGAAGGCUGGGGCUACCGCCGCUACGACGGCAGCAUGAACGCCCGCGAACGUGCCGAUGCCGUCGAUGACUUCAGGACCGACCCAGAUCUCCGCAUCAUGCUCGUUUCGCUAAAGGCGGGCAAUGCUGGGCUCAACCUCAACAUGGCUAGCCAAGUCAUCAUCCUCGAUCCGUUCUGGAACCCCUACAUCGAGGAGCAAGCGAUUGAUCGUGCGCACCGCCUCGGGCAGGAGCACCCGGUUACGGUGCAUCGGAUGUUGAUUAAGGAGACGGUGGAGGAUCGCAUUAUCGAGAUCCAGGAACGGAAGAGGGAGCUAAUCAGUACGGCGCUGGAUGAGAAUGCGAGUAAGAAUAUUGCGAGGCUUGGGGUGCAGGAGCUGGCGUAUCUGUUCGGUGUC